AGCAUUUCCCCUGUUCUCUCGGUUGUUGUUGAAUCUCACAACAAGGAGAACAUUUCACCUCUUCGAGCAACUGUGAGUUCAGUUAAAACAAGGAGAAAGUUUUUUCACGAGAGACGAACUUAUGCUGUGUGAAUAUUCACCGUGUUUGAAGGAACCGUCUUGUUUUGUUCGGGGAGGGAGACUGAUCACCAGCGUGGAUUGCUGGAAAUUUACCUUGCAAACUGAAAUCAAGUCGUACAGAACAGGUCUUCACCUUGAAUGCAGGGGAGCCACGUUUGAAUCCCGGUAACGGCAGGAGGGGGAUCUGGCGUCAAAUCAAGCCAUGUUCCACUGACUUGCUUUGCGCGACUCAGUAUCCUUGUGAUUCCAUGACCAGCCUGGCAGAUCGGAUAUGGCAGUAUGGACCAAGACUAUGCUGGACUAACUGAGGCUUUCAAGGAGUAGAAGACAGAAGAUCUUUGGGAUCAAUGGAGAUGGAUGAUGAGGACAUUUUCGGUGUCAAGGACAAGGCAAACACAGUAUGGCAAUGGCGAAUUUUGCAUGCUAAGAAGUAUUCAACACAUCCAGAUCCAUUCUUUCACAGUAAUAAAAUUGGACUGAAUUUUAAUGUUGCCUCCAGCUCUCGCCCAAAACUGAAUUCACCAUUUGUGCCAAAUGGCGUCAUACUUGAGGUGUGUGAAUUUGCUCGAACGAUCAUCAAGAGUCGCAUGCACUUCAUCCCAAACAUUCUGGAAAACAAUUUUGAUCUUGAAUUUGACAAUGAUCAACAGCGGAUAGAUUUCACCACUAAAAUUCAGCACAAGCUGGAAGACUUGGUCCAAAAACCUGCCACAAAUGAAAAUGAAGUUUUUUCUCUUUUUGACACCUGGAAGACAGAAUGUAGCAAUAAUGGACUGAACAAGGCAACAAGGACACACAAACCUCAGAGUUUCUUCAUGCAAAUUGAGAAUAUAAGUGAACUUGAACAAUUAUUGAAAUGUUCCUCGGAAAAAGAGACAGAAGACAUGUCAGGAUCACACACUGAUGGCGAUGAUCAGAAAGAUAACACUGAUUGUUCAGGAAGAGAAAUGAAAGAAGUCGUCAGUGAGUAUAUUCCUUUGAUGUUGUUCCCUUUUUGUGAAAACAUUGGUUUGAACCUUGGCACGGGGACUAAACAAAGUCUUGAUCCAGGCUUGUUAACAGAGAGUGUGAUGUUUGAGUUGUUGGAUUUUGCACGAGUCUUGACUGCCUCCUUCACCUCCAUUGUCGUCAGUGUGUUGGAGCAUAAUUUUGAGCUUGAUCUGAAAAGUCAUCAGAGAAGGAAUGAAGUGUGGUUAUUGAUAUCACAGAUGCUAAAAAGGGGGAAAGAAAUUGCCUCCAGUAACACAAACUUUAUGCCAGAGUUUGAAAAUGAGCCUUUUUUCUUUGAGAGAAACCCAUUAAAGAGAGCCUACGUACCAGCACUGUCUACAGUGGAAACCCUUCUGUCAGAAGAGACAAAGAGACUAAAGCCGGAUUUCAGUACUUCUCAUGAAAAGAUGCCUCCUUCGGUCACAAAGUGCAUCAUGAAGAAGGACCAAGGACAACUGGAUGAAAACGUCAACGGGAAAAGUCUCUCUCACAACACUGAGUUGUGUUCAGGUACAGAAGAGGAAGAUGAGCAUUGUCACAUGUGCCCUAUGGUGGAAGACGCAGAUUCAGAAAGUAGUGGCUUACAAAACUCAACUGGCUGUGACAUGUCUACAGAAUCAUUAAGUAGGUUGAGUAAACAGUCUCAUGCCACCACUGAUGGUUCAUGUAAUUCAUCCACAUUGAACAAAGAUCUUACCCCACCAUCGGACUUCCAGCCAAAGAAAACUCUGCAAGGCAACGGUGAGACACAGAUUCCAAGAAAUGUACCAAAUGACUUCGGCAUCGACCAAGAAAGAGAAAUGGAUUCUAAUUUGUGGAAACUGCGUGCCAGUCGCGUAAACCACAUUCUCCUGACACUGGACAAAGACCAAUCUAGAUUCAUUUCUGUGAGGAAUCUCGGUGUCGAGUUUGAUGUUGGGUUUGGACCCAAACAGCAUCUUAGUCUUGAUGAUUUGACAAGUCCAGUUCUUUUUGAACUUGCACAAUUUGCAUUAGCCAUGAAUUCAUCCCAGCAGGAAUUCAUCCAGGAGAUUCUUGAGAACAACUUUGACUUGUGCCUGCAAAGUGAACGCCAUCAAAAAACCUUCAUGUGUGAAGUCAUGAAGCGAGUAAGAGAACUUCAAAAAUGUGAGGAUGCGGUGAAAUUCUCAAAAGAGGGUUUUGAACUUCCAGUUUCAGUGUCACCUGUUGACAGUGUUUAUCAGAGCAGUGUCAUUGCUGAACCCAGCCCCAUGUCCAACAUUGGAUUUUGUGAAGGUAGACCAGUGUGUGGUCCUAAUUCUCAUACUGAAGCCAGAGUGGACUUACCUUCAGAACCUGAAUCUGUUUCAGAGGACAACAUGGAUCUUUAUCCUUUCUGUAAGGACAUUGGUCUGAGGCUUCAAGCCAAAUGCAGGCAUUCAACUGGAAAAGUUGCCAUCAAUAAACUGACCAAAGGAGCAAUGACUGAAGUGGUGAAUUUUGCAACAACAUUGUGUGGAACCUUUGAAGAGAUCUGCAUGGAUGUGCUCAGACACAACUUUGACUUGCAAAGUAUGGAUUCUUACCUUGCAACAACGAUUUUUGCUCAAAUUGCUGCUGUAAAUGAACAAAAGAAUCUAUCAGAUAACGUCUCUUGCAGAAUAAUGAAACAUUCCAUAGCAGAUCCUUCAAUUCUUAUGUAUGGAAGAAAGCCCAGUGACACAGAAGCACAAAAUAACCCCAGCUUGUUAUUGUGGUUACUGCGAGAAAAUCGUGUUAAACAAAUCCUUUCAGUGCCUCAUGGAGAUCAGUGUCCACUUUAUUCUUACUCCAUUUGUAAGAAUUUAGGCCUUGAUUUUAAUGUGGGGUCUGGAGUAAAACGUAACCUUGAUCCAAAAUGCUUAACAAAUGGCAUCAUGGUUGAACUUGCCACUUUUGCCAAGACACUGCAGUUAUCUGAAAAGGAUUUCUUGACAGAGAUUCUGGAGUUUAAUUUUGAUCUAAAUUUCAACAACGAACUUCAUCGCAAUGCUUUCACAAAACAACUGAGCGCAGACGUUUUUCAGCUCAUUUCAAGAAACAAGAAAUUCCCACUGAAGAGCAAACAACAGUUUGAGCUUCCUGACUUGAGAUGUUUAGAAGAAUGCAAUCCAGACUGUCCCAAAUGUUACCGAGACAGGAUUGAAACCUGUCUUCAGGAUGAAUCUGAAUCUGAUCACAUGCCUCAUGUUCGUCCUCAUAACAUCACUGAUGAAUCACGAGCUCAUAUCUGCACACAACCAAAGUUUGCAAAGAUCCCAGUCUCUAAUUUCUCAUCAGCAGAAAUUUUAACCAAGCCCUACCGUCACAGUAAGGAAGCUGGUUUAAGCCUGUGUGUGGACAGAGACCGCCCAAAAGAGAAGUUAGACUUGCAUGUUCUGACGGAGGAAGUGAUGCUUGAUGUGAUUCAUUUUGCCCAAAAACUGUGUGGAGCAGAAACUGAGAUCAUUCAUGAUGUUCUUGAGCACAACUUCAACUUGACACAGAAUCACAUUAAAGAUCUGACUCGACAUUUCUGUGACAGAAUGAGAACAAACAUUGAGGAGCUCGCCUGGUUCAAUGAAGUUGUUGAUCUUGAUAAAUCUCCUUCCAAAGCUCACCAAAAUGAAAGUGAUGGUUGCUUUGAAAAAGUAUCCAGUUGUGAGGGUGCUUCCCAUUUCAUGGCCACUGAUGAUUUACCCAGUUCACCUGUCAACACAGAUGUGAGUUCACCAUCGUCAGAUGUACCUGAAGAAGUCAUGAUGCAAGACAGUGAAACAGAAGACGAGACACUCCGAAAUGUUCCAAACAAAUCUGACAUGAACCAUGAGGAAAUGGAAACGGAGACCAACAUGUGGAAGUUUCGUUCCAUUUAUGUUCAAAAAAUUUUACUUGCUCUUUCGACGGAGUUUUACCCACACUGGAGCUUGGGAUUUCUCGAGUUUGAUGUUGCGUCUGGGCCGCCCAGAAACUUCAACUCUGAAAGAUUGACAACUUUUCAUCUGCACAAAGUUGUUCAUUUUGCAUUAGCACUGAGUUCAUCCCAGCAGAAUGUCCUUGUGGAUAUUCUAGAAUACAACUUUAACUUAGGCCUGCAGAGUGAAUACCAGAAAAUAACAUUUGCACGUGAAGUCAUGAAAAGAGUACAGGAAUUAUUGGCCCGUGACGACAGAGAUAACAUUUUGAAAGACGUGUUUGUUUUGCCAGGUUCGCUGUCAUUUAGUAAUGUGAAGUGUGAGAGUGAUGACAGUGUUGAUUCUGAACCUGAAACUUCACAGACAGCUUCACACCUUUAUCCAUUCUGCAAGAAGAUUGGUUUGAAGCUCAAUGUGAGUUUCUGUCACCCAGAUAAAAAGCUUGAACUCCACAAACUGACCAACGGAGCAGUGAUUGAGAUUGUAAACUUUGCAGAAAAAUUGUGUGGAAGCUACGAGCAGAUUUGUGUUGAUGUCCUGCGGCACAACUUUGAUCUUGAUUCGCAGAUAUCAGAUUCUGAUCUUGCUCAAAAUAUUCUUUCACAGGUUCCUUUUGCCAUUGAGGAAACUAAUCUUCGGUAUUUUUGCAAAAAAACGCAGCUUGCGACCACAAUCAACGUAAAUGUCAUGGACUCUCAGAGAAAUACAUCUUCACAAGCAUGCACUAUGAGUUCAGUUAAAGCAGAGAUGAACCAGAGUGCAAGUCAACCCGGUGAUGUUGAAGCACAAAAUGAUCCAGAGUUGCUGUUGUGGAAACUACGAGCCAACCAAGUUCAGCAAAUCCUCUCAGUGCCCCACAAAGACCAGUGUCCACUUUACUCUUACAGCAGAUGUAAGACAUUAGGCAUUGAUUUCGAUGUCGGAUCUGGUUUGAAACGUCGUCUUGAUCCAAAACUGUUGACCAAUGGCAUCAUGUGUGAACUUUUCACUUUUGCCACCGAACUCGGGUCAUCCAUGAAACAUUUCAUGACAGAGAUUUUGGAGUACAAUUUCAAUCUGCACUUCAACAAUACAUUUCAUCGAAGUGCUUUCACAAACACACUGAUGGAGGAAGUCAAAUCGAUGAAUAGGAAAAGAUCCACAGUCACGCAACUGAAAUCCCUGUUUGAUCUGCCAGAUGAGAGAUUGAUUCAGGAAGUGGCACCAUUUUACACCAAUUGUCCUGUCAAUCUUUCCCAUACCAUGAUGAAUGUAGUCUCUGCUGAUGCAAACCAUGAGAAAAAUGCUGCAAAUGCUCCAAUGUCCACCUUCCCCGCAACAGAGGUGAUAACAAAGCAAUACCAUUUCUCCAAGAAAGCUGGCCUGAGCUUGUGUGUGGAUAAGGCUCACCCGAAGGUUAAACUGGACAAAAGAGCACUAACAUGUCGAGUUAUGCACGAUGUGUACAGCUUUUCUAAAAAACUUUGUGGAGCAAAGUUUCAAACAGUUAAUGAUAUCCUUGAGCACAACUUCGACUUGGACAAAAAGAUUCAUGUGGAAAACAUUGUGCAGCAUUUUUUCAGUCGACUAAAAUAUAAAGGAGAUCCUGCCUGGUUCCAUGAAGUUUUUGACAUCAAGCAAAGUCCAAAAGAAAAAGUGAAAUUGAAAGACCCACCUCCUGUUCUGAGUCGUGAAAGAAGGGAAUUAUUUCAAAAAAGGAAACGGGACAUGCAGAAAGUGACGGAUAUCUCCAGUGAAUUGCAGAACAAUAAUGUGGGUAAACAUCUCGCCAAAUGUCAGCCAAAUGAAUGCCAGUCGGAAGGUGAUGAAGACAAACAUGUUCCAACAAAUUUGCCAAAUGGUUGCAUCAUUGACCACAACCUGGACCCAGAGGUCAAAAUUUGGAAAUUGCGUGCCAACCGUGUGAGACAAAUCCUCCCGUUCGUAAAAUUGAUGUCCCAUCAGACCUUCAAUGGUUUAGGUGCCUCUCCAUGUUUUCCAGAUGCUUCAACACAGCUGAAUCUGCGGAAGGUGCCAUCAGCAACUCCAUCAGAAAAUCUGCUCACAAGCGACUCAUUACAAUCAGCCAUAACGAAGCAUGGAGACACUGAAAACAUGCAGGACUGUGGCCCUCCAGUAUCUGAGUUUGAAACCCCUGCUCUGGAGUUUGAUGUUGGCUUUCAGCCAAAAAGAAACUUGAGUCCUGAUUAUUUGACUAACUAUGCUCUUUUUUGUAUUGCUCUGUUUGCCCUUGAGAUGAAUGCAUCCCAAGAAGAAUUCAUGAUGGAAAUUCUUAAAAAUAGCUUUGACUUGCGCCUAAAGAGCAGAGACAGUGAGAAAUCCUUUGCUCAUGAAGUCAUCAAACAAGUAAGAGAGCUUGCUAACUGUGGGGAAGCAGCUAAAGACUUGAAACAGGUGUUUCGACUUCCAGGCUCACUGUCAUUCAGUAAUUUGAUCCGUCAGACCAGGAGCAGUCUUAAAUCUGAACCACGCCCCACAUCAAGCACAGAAGAAUGUGAUGUUUCUCUGAUGGGUGCUCCAACUUUGUCUGCUGAAAAUGAACUGAGCACAGCGACUGAAACUUCCCAGAACAAUGUGGAUCUUUACCCGUUCUGCAACGACAUUGGUUUGAAGCUCACCGUAUGUGGCUGUCAACCAAACCAAAAACUUGACGUUAACAAACUCACCAAAGGAGCAAUGAUUGAAGUUUUGACUUUUGCAGAAAAAUUGUGUGGAAGCUACGAGCAGAUUUGUGUUGAUGUCCUGAGGCACAACUUUGAUCUGGAUUUGCAAGAUGCAGAUUCAGAUCUGGCAAGAAAAAUUCUUGAACAGGUUCCUCUUGUGAUUGCGCAAAGAAAUCUUCAACACAAUUUCAAAAGAGUAAGAUCUCGACGGAAAUUUAACCCAAUUGACAUAAACUGCCAGAACAGUCCAAGUUCAGAAUCAUGCAGUACUGGCCCCAUCAAGGCAAAUAUUGACCACAGUAUGAGCACCUACUGUGACAUUAAAGUGCGAUAUGACCCAGAUUUACUGCUGUGGAGACUACGAGCAAAUCGUAUUCAGGAGAUACUCUCUGUGCCUCAUGGAGAACAAUGCCCGUUUUACCCAUACAGGAGAUGUGUGAAAUCAGGCAUUGACUUUAAUGUAGGAUCUGGACUGAAACGUAAUCUUGAUCCAAAGCUGUUGACCAAUGGUAUCAUGAAUGAAAUUUGUACUUUCUCUGAGGCACUGCUGUCAUCUGCAAAGCAUUUCAUGACAGAAAUAUGGGAGUACAAUUUUCAUCUAAAUUUUAAAGGUGAGCUGCACCGCAGUGCCUUCACCUAUCAAAUAGUCUUGGGGAAAAAUUACCCGAGGCAAAUCCAAGAAACACUCUUCAAGUUGCCUGAUCCAACGUGCAUGAAGGAAAAAGCUCCAUUUUGCCGCAAAUGUUAUCAAGCCAAUCCACUGCUGAUGCUAACUGCCCAGAACGAAAAACUUAUGAGGCUCCAAUCGCUACUUUCCCAGCAACUGAGAUUCUAACAAAGCACUGCCGUUCCUCUGCGGCUGUAGGACUAAGCCUGUGUGUGGACAGAAAUUACCCAAGAGGCAGACUGGAACAGCGUGUGCUGACUAAAGCAGUUCAGAAGGAGAUUGAGUUAUUUGCCACAAGACUGUGUGGAACAAGAUUGAAGAACAUUUGUGACAUACUUGAACACAACUUCCAAUUGGGCAUGUCUGAUCAAUUUAUGACUUUGGUAUUGCAAUUUUGCACCAGAAUAAGAGCAGAUGCUGGAAAACCCACGUGGUUUGAUGACGUGGUCCACUUGGAGGUACUUCCUCCUAAAGACAGUUACCCAAAGAAAGAAGUUUCUGUUGAGCAGCGAAAUGAAAGGAAGGAAACGCUCAAAAGAAGACAACUGGAUAUGGUAGCAAAGAAGAAACAGAGGAAAGAUCCAGUUGUAAAAAUGCCAUAUCAGAGGACAAAUAAAAACAUGGAUCCCUAUCCCGUUUGCAGAGAGAUUGGCCUGACCUUAGAAGUGUCAUCACAGUCUGGAGAAAAAGAAAAACUGGACCUGUUACUUCUGACAACAUCUGUCGUGUUUGAAAUACACAAGUUUGUGUCAAGGAAGUCAAAGCAGUCCUAUCCCAAAACUUUGUAUAAAAUUUUAAACUACAACUUUGCUAUAAGCUCUCAACAUCACAGAAAGCACAAAUUUUCUGUAGACACUGCAUCCAAAUUUGUCAAGUUUGUCAGUAAAGGUAGAAAGAAAGGUGUGGAGGAAGUCUUCAAGUUGCCUUUUGUGAUUUCUGAGAAGUGGAGGACGCCCAGAAAAACACAAGUGAAGAAGAAAAGAAAUGACUGGUUCAAGGUGAAAUUUUUGAGUUCAGGGAAGUCAGCUGUGCAAUGUCAUCCAAGUGCUGAAGGUGAGGGGCCAUCAUAUUCUGAGAGAAUCACUGUGAUGCAGCAUGGCCUCCUGGGUGCAGACUGGUCCUACGAACAUGCAGACAUCAAAGAGGAGAUGGAUGAUCCACCAAGUUAUGUACCAGAAAUGGACUCUGAAGAAAACUGUCCAUCUUGGGGUGAUCCUAGUGGAUAUUUGGACAAUCAUUGUCAUGAAGAUUUAGUCACAGUUAAAACUGAAGAGUUCAGUGGGAAUAUGUACCUGACAGAAUGUCCAUCUGGAAAUGUUGAUGUAAAAGAAGAGCCACAAAUGGAAAGUAGCCGGGAUUAUUCCCUGUCUGCACCACCAGUGUCUGAUACACACCAGAAUAUGUCAUUUUACCAUUCAGACCAGUGCAUGAUGGAAACAGAAUACAGCACUAACAGUGUUCAGUGUGAACCUCUGCAAUACUCUGUGGUGAUAAUCAAAGAGGAGGAGCAGGAGCAUGUGCCAGGUGAAUGAUACUAUUGCAACGUCAAGUUGACAUCAAGUGUUCAUGUAAAAAGUUUAACCAGCCAGCAGUUAUGAAGAUGUGUGAGCAGCAGAGUCAACUGGCUGGAAUUUAUUCAGUAUUUGUAAGAUUUUGUUUAUAAAAUCAUGUUGACUGCUCAGUUUCAGCGUUAUUUGAUGCCUUGAGUUUGGGACGGUUGAAAGAUGCGUGUUUGAGGCUUCACAACAGCCAGGGUCAUUUUGAACGGCUGUGCCAGUUAUUCAAGAGGAAGUUGUACCACUGCAUAGAAUUCAGCUCAUUUCUUUCUUGUUCUUUUUAUUUGUAAUCUUGUCAUGGAUGUAAAUUGAGGUUCCAUUUUGAAUUUAUUGAGUUUGUAAAAUCUGUUAGACAUGCUGCAUUUUUAACAGUUUAUUCUGUUUUUAUUGAAGUUUUUUUGUACUCUUCCUGAUUGUGUGUUCAGCAUUAUUUUGAAUGUUUGGUUAAUUUUCAAACUCCAUGAAGAUAGACGGCUCUGAAUUGGAAUGAUUGCCUUUUGCAUUGUAUAAAGUUUUGAAAACAUCUUUCUUCUCCUUGUGUGUAUUUGUAUCUUCUUCUUUUUUAACUGGGUGUCAUGAUUGUAGAUUGUCCAGGUUAUUGUGAUUACAUAAGACAAUGGAUCAUCUCAGAGGAGUCUGCUUGUCGUCGGCCGGUUGGAAAGAAGAGAAUGCAUUGAAGUACAUAGAGGCUUGUAUACUUCCAUUUCAAAAUAUUCUGUCCAACUUUAGUCCUUCCACAAAGCACGUGUUGCACUUCGCUUGAGUAAGAAUUUCAGUUGUCCUAUUAACGUCAAAAUAUCAACAAAAAACCAGCAAUGAAGAUAGACUGCUCUGAAUUGGAAUG